AAAACAUUUUUCUCCGUGUAAUAAAAUUCGCGGGGAUUGGUAGUACUGCAAGAAGAAGCAGGUGCUAUUUGUUCUCUGGGUUUUUAUAUCGUUCUCCGCAGCCCUAAAUUGCGAUGCAAACCGGCUUAUUAUAAACAAAAGAUAUGGAAAACCACGUCGAUCCGGAGCCUUUGCCUUUCUCCAGGCACGCCAAGAACCUUCUGCGGUUUCUGAAUCUCCUGCCAGCGCGGAUGGCCUCGCAUGACAACACCCGGAGCACCAUUGUGUUCUUCGCUGUCUCUGGUCUGGAUGUUCUGAACUCCUUGCAUUUAAUUCAACCCUACUUGCGGCAGGACCUCAUCGACUGGAUCUACGGGGGCCUGGUGGUGCCACGCGACAACGAGAAACGCUGCGGCGGCUUCAUGGGAUGUCGCGCCAUGGUUCCAAAAACAGAAGAUGCUGCUCUUUUGGAGUGCAUGCGGAAGUAUCAGUGGGGUCACUUGGCCAUGACCUACACCAGCAUUGCCGUGCUCGUCACCCUGGGUGAUGAUUUAUCCGGCCUGGACCGCAAGAGCAUCGUCGACGGAGUGGCUGCCGUACAAAAGAAGGAAGGCAGCUUCGGAGCCUGCAUCGACGGUAGCGAGGAUGAUAUGCGAUUCGUUUACUGCGCCGCCACCAUCUGCUACAUGCUCGACUAUUGGGGUGAUGUGGAUAAGGAGGCCAUGUUUCAGUUCAUCAUGCGGAGCCUGAGGUAUGAUUACGGUUUCAGUCAGGAGCUGGAGGGCGAGGCCCACGGCGGCACCACUUUUUGUGCUCUGGCGGCUUUGCAACUCAGCGGCCAACUGCAACGUCUGGAUUCUACGACAGUGGAGCGGAUAAAGCGGUGGCUUAUUUUCCGCCAAAUGGACGGCUUCCAGGGCCGACCCAACAAGCCUGUCGACACUUGCUAUUCCUUCUGGAUCGGGGCUUCGUUGUGUAUCCUAGAUGCUUUUGAAGUGACCGACUAUGCUAAGAACCGAGAGUACAUCCUAAGCACACAAGAUAAAUUAAUCGGCGGGUUUUCGAAGUGGCCCCAGGGCAACCCCGAUCCGUUUCAUACGUACCUGGGCCUUUGUGGUUUGUCUUUCACCGGUGAGCCAGGCUUAGGCGCUGUUCAUCCCAGUCUGAACAUGUCCAUGGCCGCCUACGCCCACCUGCAGCAUCUUCAUGAACAAUGGCGAUCUGAAAACGGAAAGGGUGAAGAAGACCACGGCCUGAGCUCCGCCGCUCAACAGCAACUAAAGCUCAAAAUGAAGGAAGGCGAUCCGAAAGCCACGACUGCUGCGACUACCUCCAAUUCGCCAUUGAUUCCGGCACAAUGAUGGGAAUCCAACGACGAAACUAACGACUUAAAGCACACUAUUGUAUUAAUAUUGGCAGCAUUUGAGCCACGUCUAGCUUUUUUACGUGUAUUUUUAUGAUGAGAUGCUUUGGCCUUUAGAGAGUGGAUGGAUAAAUAGUAAAUAUGUUUAAUGUACAGCCUUAAUUAAUGUUACACUGUAAGAGUAAGCCUAAAGCUAAAUUAAAGCGUCCCAUGCAGAAGCAUGUAUUUACAGCGAA